AUGGGUAGUUAUUCGGACUUCAGUGCAGAGAACCUCUCCUCCUCAGCCAACAUGUCUGUUUCUUUGCUUGGGGAGGCUGCGCUCAACAGCACGGCCAGCCCUCCCUCUAUGUCCAUAAGCAGGCUCUUCCCAGCCCUGCUGGAGUGCUUUGGAAUAAUCCUCUGUGGCUACAUAGCUGGAAGAGCUAACAUCAUCACAUCGACUCAGGCCAAAGGACUGGGAAAUUUUGUCUCCCGUUUUGCACUCCCAGCUCUGCUGUUCAAAAACAUGGUGGUACUUAACUUUUCUGAUGUGAAUUGGUCCUUUCUGUACAGUAUAUUAGUUGCCAAAGCUUCCGUAUUUUUCUUAGUCUGUGUUUUAACAUUGUUGGUGGCCAGUCCUGAGAAUCGUUUUAGCAAAGCAGGUUUGUUUCCUAUUUUUGCUACACAAAGCAAUGACUUUGCACUGGGAUAUCCAAUAGUUGAAGCUUUAUAUCAAACCACGUACCCAGAAUAUCUCCAGUACAUUUACCUAGUGGCUCCAAUAUCCCUUAUGAUGUUAAACCCCCUUGGGUUUAUCUUCUGUGAAAUACAGAAGUGGAGAGAGAAUCGCACUGUGUCGCACAGCAAAAUGAAAAUAGUGGGCCUAGCACUCCUUCGAGUCUUGCAGAACCCAAUUGUAUUCAUGGUCUUCAUAGGAAUUGCCUCAAACUUUAUUCUUGGCCAGAAGAUUCCAGAAUAUCUUGAAAACUUCCUCGAUGGACUGGGCAGUUCAUUUUCUGGCUCCGCGCUUUUUUAUCUUGGACUAACUAUGGUGGGACAAACAAAAAAAGUGACAAAGGGUAUGUUUGUUGCACUGAUCCUUCUCAUCACAGCUAAACUACUUAUGAUGCCAUUUCUCUGUAGAGAAAUGGUGGAACUCUUGGACAAGAGUGAUGACGCAGUCAACCACACCAGUUUGUCAAACUAUGCAUUUCUUUAUGGAGUCUUUCCUGCAGCGCCUGGCGUGGCAAUCUUUGCAACUCAGUUCAACAUGGAAGUAGGAAUUAUUACCUCGGGCAUGGUGAUCAGCACGUUUGUGUCUGCCCCCAUCAUGUACGUGUCUGCGUGGCUCCUCACCAUCCCGUCCAUGGACCCCAACCCGCUGGCGGCGGCGCUGCAGAACGUCACCUUCGACAUCAGCGUCGUCAGCCUCCUGUCCCUCAUCUGGUCUCUCAUUGUUGUUCUUCUGAGUAAGAAAUACAAACAGCUUCCUCAUAUGAUUACAACAAACCUACUUGUUGCUCAGUUUACUGCUUGCAUCGGAAUGGUGAUAUGGAAUUUCAUUGUUAAGGAGAAAGACAUCACUGUACAGAUCCUCGUAUUUAUAUUCCUGUACAGUGCACUUUAUAGCACCUACCUGUGGACAGGUUUUCUGUCUUUCUCUUUGUUCUUAUUGAAGAAGAGCGAAGCAAUAAAGAUUCCCAUGGGGUUCAUCAUCAUAGCUGGAUGGGGUAUCCCAACACUCCUGGUAGGAAUCUUAUUAAUAGUUGGUGAACGUAACAACGAUAGCAUUGACUCUGCCUUUUUUUAUGGAAAACAUCAGAUAAUUACCACAGCAGUGAUCCUGUUUGUUAGCAUAUUGAUGUCAGGAAUCUCACUUAUGUGCAUGAACAGAAGUAGACAAGAGUCAAGUUAUGAGGUGCUGAAUCCCUACUCGCCUCGCAGCGCCGGGGAGGAGGCGGAAGCCGAAGGGAGCGAGGGGCCUCCGGUGUCGCCCGCAGGCCCUGCGGCAAAGCCACCCGCCGGGCCCGUGGCACAGCCCUCUGCGGGGAAAGGCUGCUGUUGUCAACAAACAAAUGGUGAUUUAUCCUGUGCCAGAGAGAGCAAAGCAGCGUCAGAUGCCAUCGAAAGCAAGAUUCCUCCAAUUGAGGCAGCUGAUCAAUGUGUGAGUCAGUGCAGUGCUCAAACUUGCAUAUUGGCGCAGGAAGAACAACUCCUACAGACUGCAGACAAGCAGCUGGCCAGACACGUGUUGCUGUGUCUACUCCUCGUUGUUGGCAUGUUCGCUAAUCUUUCCAGUUGCUUAUGGUGGCUGUUCAACCAAGAGCCUGGCAGGCUCUAUGUGGAACUGCAAUUCUUUUGUGCCAUAUUUAAUUUUGGCCAGGGCUUUAUUUCCUUUGGUAUUUUUGGCUUAGAUAAGCAUUUAAUCAUUUUGCCAUUCAAACGAAGACUUGAAUUUCUGUGGGGCGGUAGAGAAGCAGCAGGUCAUACAGAUCCUGCUCUUCCCGAGGAAAUCAGGCUGACGUGUCAGCAGUUUGUUCGAUACCACCGAGAUCACUGUGUGAAAAGCAUUGUGAGAGGCAGAAGGUGUAGUGCCAAGAUCUCCACCGGCAUCUUCUUCGGCUGCGACCUGGUGAGCUGGCUGCUGCGGGUCGGCCUCGCGUCCGACCGCGGCGAGGCCGUCGCCUACGGGGACAGGCUGGUGCGAGGCGGCGUCGUGCAGCACCUCACUAACGAGUUUGAGUUCCGCGACGAGUACCUCUAUUACCGCUUCCUUCCCAAGAGGGCUGCUGCCGAGGGGCGGCGGCCGCCCCGCGGGGACGGCAG